AUGAUCCGCGGACUUGAAGGAUUUUUACAAGGUGAGCAGCUGCUCCAAAGCGGAAAGCUGCUAUUGCUGAAGAAUACGCGGCUGGGAAUUGAUCUCAGCUACUAUCUUCGGCAGCUGCUCUCUUCGGCCAACACGGCCGAGCCGCUCGUCGCGGGAGUCGGUGGCCAGCCGCUCGCGCUGGUCCAGCACAUUGAGUCUGAUUUGCAGCUUCUGGAGCAGCAUCGGAUUGUGCCCGUGUUUGUCCUGAACGGCCUCUCCCCUGCGAAGCGCACGCGACCCUUUAGCUACGAAGACCGGCGUCCCGGGCUGCGUACCAGUGCGUGGGAGGCGUACGAGGCAGACAAUGUGGCGCUUGCGAACCAGCAUUUUGGCGCAAGCAACAGCAUCCAUUACCCUGACCUGUACCGGACCGUGCUGCGCAUGCUGCGUCACAAAAGAGUCGAGUUUCUCGUUGCGCCGUACCUGGCCGUCGGCCAGCUCGCGCUCCUGGAACUGCACCCCAAACAGUACGUGCAUGCGAUAUACGGCCCCUUGGAACUGCUUGCUUUUGACCACAUUGAGCGCGUUAUUCUCAGCAUCGAUGUCCGCGCUGCGACGUUUCAGUUCGUGUCCAAAGCACCGCUCCUGCGGGCGCUGCAAGUAACUGCGGACGACUUUCUGGACGUGGCACUUCUCGCCGGCAUGGAAUUCUGCUCGACGUUUCCCCCGCUCCAGGACGAGUCGACUGGCGUGCAGCAAAUGGUGCGUGGCCAUCCCAACAUCCAGGCCAUCGCACAGCUGGUUAAAAAUGCGCGCGGCGGCUUCAACUUGUGCAGGCAGUAUGCCGACCACCCAAUGGUUGCCAAGACUGCGUACCUCGAUCAGUUUUGCCACGCGCGCACAAUGAUCAAGGACGUGCUCGUGCUGAGCCCCGAGAGCGGCACCGUGGUGCCGCUGCCGCUUGCACGCGCUGCCGCGGGUGGUGCGCACGUUUCCGCGGGCGAAAUCCCCUCAGACUUGCACGAGGUCUUUUCUUUCCGUCUCCCCGACGAGGUCUUUUUGUAUCUGUCGCGCGGGAUGAUGAGUCCCAGUGUGCUGGGCAGCCUGCUGAGUGGGUACGUCAUUGAGCCAGCGCCUCUCGAUGGCGGCCAGGCCAAAGUGUACCACCGCUUCGUUCGUGAGUUCCUUACCGAGUCGCCCGAGUCGCCGCGGUGCGUCGCAGUUGCCCUUGCGUGUGCGGCUUUGCAUCCGUUUUGGCGUGCACGCAAAGUUGCAGCCGUAUACUGGUUCCAGCCUGGCAUUGACUACCCAGUGCCGCACGAGGCGCCUGCGACACAAAAGCUACUGGCACGGAACGAGCAGUGGAUGGUGCGUGCUUCCUUGCUCGACGAAGAGCUCCGGCGACAGAACUCGGCCACGAUCGACUUUUCCUUCUGUCUCGCGGCGACUGCCGACGAGGCUCGCGCAGCGCGUACCAUUGCUGCCAGCGAACCCAACGAGCCGAUGCAAAAGAAAGACGAGGUGGUGGCAAAUGCUGUGUGGCGCUUCUUGUCCAUGCGCAACAUCCUCUCUGAAAAACACACACACACCGUGUAUGGCGAAGCAUUGUAUGCCGCGCUGCAGACGCUGCGUGUGAACGACAAGCUUAAGGAGCCGUUAUACCUUGCGAUAGAGCUGAUCCGGGCGCAUGUGCUGAACAACGCAUGGUACGACGGCGUCGCCCACAGCGGUGGCCCGUCGUUUGGGAGCGAGCAGGAGAUGCAGCACAUGCUGCUUGUGAUGCGCGCUGCGAGUCUCAUUUCGCUCCAAUGUAAGCCGCAAAAAUGGGACGCGCCGCUUUCGCGCGAGCUGCUCGUCUUCAAUUCCUUCGUCAAGUCCCUCACGCGCUCUUUGCGUUCGCUUGUGGAGAUGGCGACGCUGGGCUUGUUGCUUAAAGGCGAUGCGCGCAAGCCGCGCGUUGAUGGCCUGGACAUCUCGCUUAGCCUGCCGUUCCAAACGGACACGAAUACGGGCAUGGGCAUUCUCUUCAAGUGCUACAUCGAUGCACUGUACACGCUGCAGGGCGGCGCGGUGAAAGCGGGUGAAGAAGAGGAAGAAGAGGUGAAGGAAGCCAAGGACAACAUCGUGGAGAUGCUUGUGGAGACGUUUGAUAAUGUACGUGACGUCCCGAACGAGCUCAAGCGUGCAUUCCGAUUCUGGGAGGCGCUGAUGGUUGCGGUGCAAGUGCUGGCAGGCCAUGGUGCGAUUCCUGCAGCGCUUGCUGCCCAGUUUGAAGACGCGAAUGCAUGGCUGCGGCCCAUGGCACCGUGA